CCGCUCGCCUCUAUCCUCUUCAGCCUCGCCUGCCUGUUAGAUCGGUACUCCAGUGUUGGAGGCUAGGCUACCCUCCUCCCAGGACCACGUACGAGAGCCAGCCGCCGUCGUACCCCAAGGCUCGGGCUCCCCAAUCACGGAUUCAACCAUGGCAGUCCCCGCUACCUCCACCCGGUUUACCGACGAGUACCAGCUGUACGAGGAGCUCGGGAAGGGAGCUUUUUCCGUGGUGCGUAGGUGUGUAAAGAAGUCAUCAGGACAGGAAUACGCCGCGAAGAUCAUCAACACUAAGAAGCUGUCCGCGAGAGACCACCAGAAGCUGGAGAGGGAGGCUCGCAUCUGUCGCCUGCUGAAGCACCCCAACAUCGUGAGACUCCACGACAGCAUUUCAGAGGAAGGCUUUCAUUACCUCGUCUUUGACCUGGUGACGGGGGGAGAGCUUUUUGAAGACAUUGUAGCCAGGGAGUACUACAGUGAGGCCGAUGCCAGUCAUUGCAUAAGUCAGAUCUUGGAGAGUGUCAAUCAUAUCCACCAGCAUGAUAUUGUGCACAGAGACCUCAAGCCGGAGAACCUGUUGUUGGCCAGUAAGAUGAAGGGAGCCGCAGUGAAGCUGGCAGACUUUGGCCUCGCUAUCGAAGUGCAAGGAGACCAGCAGGCUUGGUUUGGGUUUGCGGGCACCCCCGGCUACCUGUCCCCCGAAGUCCUGAGGAAGGACCCCUACGGCAAGCCGGUGGACAUAUGGGCUUGCGGUGUUAUUCUCUAUAUCUUGUUAGUGGGAUAUCCUCCCUUCUGGGAUGAAGAUCAACACAAACUCUAUCAGCAGAUCAAAGCUGGGGCAUAUGAUUUCCCGUCACCUGAGUGGGACACGGUGACUCCAGAGGCAAAAAACCUGAUCAACCAGAUGUUGACCAUUAACCCGGCCAAGAGAAUCACUGCCGAACAGGCCCUCAAGCACCCAUGGGUCUGCCACCGUUCUACAGUGGCAUCCAUGAUGCACAGGCAGGAAACUGUCGAGUGUCUCCGCAAGUUCAACGCGCGUCGAAAACUCAAGGGAGCCAUUCUCACCACCAUGCUGGUGUCCAGAAACUUCUCAGUGGGCCGGCAGCAUACCAACUCUGCUGCUGCCGCCUCCUCCACGGCCUCACUGGCUCAGGAAGCAUGCAAAAGUUUGCUGAACAAGAAGUCUGAUUCUGCAAAGCCUUCCACCAACAACAGUAAGAACAGUAUAGUGAGCGCCAUCAAUGCCCUGAAAGACACCAACAUGGCGACCAACGCCCAGAUGGAAUCCCAGAGCACGGUGGUGCACAACCCCCCCGACGGAGUCAAGGGAUCAACGGAGAGCAACACCACCAACGACGAGGAGGAAAUGAAAGCGGACAGUUUGAGCAGCGCCACAGAGGAGAUGCCCCCACUUCUGCCCUCACCUCAAAGCUCACCUGCCAUUCCACCGCAUGACGUAAAGCGCAUGGCAUGGAACAGCUCCGGCCUCGACUCUGAGUUCUCGCAGUGCUCGGCGCCCGCCGCUCCGCUAGGGAGCAACGCUGCCAUAAGCAUCACUAAGACUCGUAAGCAGGAGAUCAUCAAGAUAACGGAGCAGCUGAUUGAAGCCAUCAACAACGGAGACUUUGACGCCUACACGAGGAUCUGUGACCCCGGACUCACCUCUUUUGAGCCCGAGGCCCUCGGGAACCUGGUGGAGGGGAUGGACUUCCACAAGUUUUACUUUGAAAACUUGCUAAGCAAGAACAGCAAGCCGGUGCACACCACCCUGCUCAACCCCCACGUGCACCUGAUCGGCGAGGAGGCGGCGUGCAUCGCCUACAUCCGCCUCACGCAGUUUGUGGACACCACCGGCCGCCCUCGCUCCAGCCAAUCGGAGGAGACCAGGGUGUGGCAUCGCCGCGAAGGCAAGUGGCUCAACGUCCACUUCCACUGCUCCGGAGCUCCUGCUGCACCGCUCCAGUGAUCAGUGGUCCUGAGCCUCCAGUCUACUGGAGUGUGUGUUUUGGGGGGCAGUCUUUUUUCAGCGAGCGUGUUUAAGAGGCACGUCCUCUGCGUGGAGUGGCUUGUGCCAGGAGCCCGGCCGGGCAAGAUCGCAUCCCUCUCCACGAUACCAACCAAUCCUGUCCCUCUUUGACCCGCUGGGGGCCGGCUGAACACAAGACACCGCCCCCAUGGGAUGAUGCAUGCAUCUGCCGCCUGAUUGGAGGGCGAGUCUUCGCCCUCCAUCCCUCCCCAUGGCAGCCAUCUUUUAUCUGCCCGCGCGACAUGUGACGUCCUGCGUGAGGGGGGGGGUUUACAGUUGAACUUGUGACAGUUUAUGAGUAUGAGUUAUGAAUAUGCUGUGUAAAUUAUGACUAGAUGUACCAGAAACCACCAAAACCCAACCAAGCAUUUAUAUUCACUAUCUAAUAAGGGAGGAACAGAAGGGAGCGUGAGGUUAGCAGCUGAGAUUUCGGACUCAUUUUUUGGUAACUCUAGGUUACCGGGCAGGAGGCGUUGUGCUCGAUGCCCGGCGCUGAUGUAAAGAUGUCGGGAGAUUCCCCCCCGCUCCCAUCGGCAUUCUAGAGGGGAAGAAUAAUGGAGUCUGCUCAGUCAGAAUACCUGAUGGCGAGAAAAACUUGAUAUCAAAAACAUGAAGCACCAAAGUGUAGAACUUUAGGCUUUUUAUGUGUUUUCGUUUGUGUGCUUGUUGUCCGACCGAAUGCAACAUUGUGUUGUUGUUUUUAAUUUGUGUUUCUGUUGUGUUUUAACGUCCUGUUCCGUUUGUGUUCCUGUGAACAACCGGAGCCUUUUAAAGUUUUUAAUUUCGUUGGUCGGACUGAUCUUGUAGUCGAGGCUAAGUUGAAAAAAAAAAGUGCAAGUUUAAAGCUAACGUGUUAGCACGUUGUGUUGUCUGUAUGCAGUGGAGGGAGAGAGGGGGGGGGAAAGAGGUUUGCGUUUUGCAUGUAUUCCCGCCCCCUCGCCCUCAUUCAACCCCCCCCCCCACCCACUCUCCUUUUUUCUCCCUCUUAAACCAUUCCCUCCCUCUUUUCACCCUCCUUUUCUCUGCUUUGUGCAAGGGGCCUGGUUUGUUUAUGAUCACUGUGUGAGAACAGUGGAUGUAUAGAUAUAUGUAGAAAAGUGUAAUAUAUGUAUCUAAGAGACACCCAUCCUGUGCAUCUGGGGAACACCCCAUGACCUCUGUGACGCAGAUCUAGUUUAGGAUUUUUUGUUUUACUUUAAUUCUACUUCCUUUUAAAUAUUGGAAGCCCUGCAUCAUUUACGACUAGAUUUCUUCCCGCGGCCGUAAGACUGUUUUUAAGAGACGGAGUUAAAAUAAACAACGGGUUUCAAAUAGUUGUUCCCCUUCCGCUUGAAAGAUGUUUAGAUUUAAACAUGGAACUCUUCAUCGUUGUGUUGUUUAUUCCUGAUUCCCUCAACGCUGUGAGCCGUCUCUUCAUAUCACACAAACACACACAACACACACACGCCUGGUGGUGUGUUUCUGCUCUGUAACAUAUCCGCACCACUGCUGUGUGACCGAGGUGCCCCCCCCCCCCCCCCCCCCCCCUUGCUGUGCUGCUGUCUCCAUCCAUCCGCUCUCCCCCCCCCUCCCUCCCCCGCGUACCAACGUGUCCCUGCUCUUGAGAUGUUUAUUUGUACGUCUCUCUGUCGUCUCUCUGUUCCCGUGUUACUGGUUUGAGUUUUUCCGUCGUCGCUGUCUUUGAUAAAAAUCUGUCGUUUGGUCAUUGUUCCGAUGUGCCAAGCUGAGUUCUGCACUCUCCCUCGUCCACGUUUAACAGGAAAAAAAGAGAAGAGGUAAAGACAACACAAAUUACAGAUUGAGUGAUCAUCCAUUGAUCAGGACUUUACUAAUGUAACCGAGGUGGUUAUGGAUGGUGACCCCCACCGAACCGGAGCGGGACACAGAGUUAUUUGCAUGUUUCAGUUACACAUUUCUACCAUGUACCUACCUGAAUAAGGAUGGAGCCUAGUGUUAAUAUAUGAUAUUUGCAUCUUUUGAAAUAAGAAUAUCCUCCAUCCAGAAUGUUGAAUAGGUGACAUGAAAAAUAUUAGAAAAAAAAACGCAAAAUUAAAAUAAAAAUAAAAAAAGGAUACAGGAGCCGUAGCUUGGUAUGAGGCCCUCGAUGUUAGCGUUUUCCCUGCGUUGUAAUGAUAUUAUUGGGCUGCGCUUUCUCCCCCGGCCUUCACGUGGAUGCUGGAGUUUUUUUGCAUGAUCAUGAUGUACAAUGAAAUACAACCAUGAAUUGACGACUAUCAAGUGUUUGUCUGAGUGUUAGUUGGUCUUCAUCAUAGCUUUGUUAUUAUUCAAAAUUGGAUCUUAAAGGUAUUUAAUAAAAAUACUAUUUCAGCACUG